CGACUGCUAAACUCCUCCAUAUUCCCCUUAUUGCCAAAGCUUUUCCAUUUCCAUCGCUUAUUGGGCAGAGCAUCUGAUCGGGUAGAAGCACAAACAUGGGGCAACAUGCGAGGGAGAUGCUGCUGAUCAUCUUAGUAGCAUUCUCCGCCAAGGGAAUCAGCAGAAGGCCCUACUACAUUGACUUCAACACCAGCUAUUGCUUAAGCUGGAGACUAGCAGUAGAAGCUAACAAUGUGCGUCCAUGGCGCACAGCCCCCACUCAGUGUCUGCGCCACAUUGAGAUAUACAUGCUUGGAGGACAGUAUGAGAGAGACGUCGAGUUGAUAGUGGAGCAGAUGAAGAGCUAUGUGGAUGAGAUUGUUCUCUCUGGUGAUGGCAUGGACGCAUGGAUCUUGGAUGUUGAUGACACAUGUAUCUCAAACAUCUUUUACUAUCGGCUGAGACGAUAUGGGUGCGAGCCUUAUGAUCCAAUGGGUUUUAGGACGUGGGCGAUGAAGGGAGGGUGUCCAGCGAUCCAGCCAGUGCUUGGAUUGUUCAGUAAGCUGACCGCAACAGGCUUCAAAGUGUUCCUCAUAACAGGCAGAGAUGGAGAGACCCUUGGCCAGGCUACACUAGAUAACUUGCGUAAUCAGGGAUUCGCGGGUUAUGAGAGGUUGAUUAUGAGGAAUCAGGAGAACAGAGGGAAAAGCGCAAUCACCUACAAGGCGGCGAUCAGGAAGCAGCUGACGGAAGAAGGGUACAGGAUAUGGGGGAAUGUAGGAGACCAGUGGAGUGACUUACAAGGAGAAUCUUCGGGGAACCGAACCUUUAAGAUCCCUAAUCCUAUGUACUUCGUUCCCUAACACACGCAAAAGCAAGAGAUGCACAAAAUCCUACAAUGUCUGCAAACGGAAAAAAGAACCAGAAACCGAAAUAUGGGUUUAGGCCCAUUGAAUAUGCCCAAAGGGUAGCACUUGUUUCGCUUCAAGGUCCAUGUUUCAUGUUCCCGAAAUCAAAACGUGUCAAUGCAGCUACGUUGCAUUC